AUGUUCAUGCUUAUUCAGAUCUUUGAUUUGCUGAUAGCACAGGAUGUAAAUUUUCUAUACCGUUACUUCUUUGCAAUUAAUGGUGGCAAUUGGUGUAACUUAGGUCAUCUGCUUAGCAGACAGUUGUUAACUUCUCAUAAAACUCAUCCACUCUGGCAUGCAGAACUGCUGUUUCCUGUGUGCACUCCAUUACCUGAAGAAGGUGAACCUUGCCACGAUCCUUCAAACAGACUUCUUAACCUGAUCACCUGGGAACUGGAACCUGAUGGAGCACUAGAGCGAUGCCCAUGUGCAAGUGGCUUGAUCUGCCAACCUCAGAGCAGCCACAGUACUACAUCUGUGUGUGAACUGUCCUCCAAUGAAACCAGAAAUAAUGAAAAAGAAGAUCACUUAAACAUGGAUGAGAUGCCAUUUAUCAGUUUAAUACCCAGAGAUAUUCUUUCUGAUUAUGAAGAAAGUAGUGUCAUUCAGGAAAUGCAGAAAGAAUUAGAAAGUCUGGAGGACCGAGCAGGUGUGAAGUCUGAGCAUGACCCACCUCAUGACCUAUUUCUGGGAGAUGAAAUAUGAAGUUCAAACACCAAACAGUUUAGUUAGUUCUAGAAAUUUUUGUCUACUGUCUUGCUUUCAUAAACCCUUAACAGAUACUGCUGGAUAGAAGUGCAAUAAAACAUCUUCAUCGAGCAUCUGUUUUCGUGCACCAAACCUGCAUGUUCAAAUUAAUGUUGAAUUCACUCCAUCUUUAGACCAAACCUCCCAUCAAAGACAAAUGAGAAAGGUAUCAGUGUUUCCUUGGAUUAAUACUUUCACUUGUACACUAGAAAUAAACGUAUCAAUACUCGUACUCAUUAAAAAACACAUUAAGCAUA